GCGGCCCGGCCACGUGCCCCGCCCCAUCCCCGCGCCAGCUCCGCCCCUGCGACAGAGACUAUUUAGCUGCACGGGCGCCGCCAGGGCCGACGCCGCAUCCCUGGCAGGACGACCCCAAGCUUCGAGCUGACCCAGGAGACCCUCGCCCGCUUGGCCCACCGCCCGCCAGCGGAGGCCAGCCCAGGUGUCUCGCUUCGCGCCUGCCGCCAAGCACCGACCACCGCAGCGCGCCAUGGCCUGGCUCCUGCUUCUCACCCUGGGUUGCAUCAGCCUCGUGUACCUGCAGCUCCCGGCUGCCCUGUCCAGCAGCCCGCGGCCGGUGCGACCCAGAGAGUCCCCGGCCUGGACCCCCGCCAACAGCCUGCACCCCCGACGCCCUGCAUCCUGGCCAGCAACCUGGAAGCCCCGGCAAGCCCGUCAGCCGCACAGGAGGGCCAGCCAUGUCCCCACUGGGGGCCAGCGUCUCAAGGCCAGCGGCCCCCACAGGCCCCACGCCCAGCUCCUGCGGGUGGGAUGCGCCCUGGGCACCUGCCAGGUGCAGAACCUCAGCCACCGCCUGUGGCAGCUGGUGAGGCCAACUGGCCGCCAGGACUCUGCCCCUAUCGACCCCAGCAGCCCCCACAGCUAUGGCUGAGAGUCCAGGCCACAUCCCUGCCUGUAACUUCCAGCUGGGAUGCUGUGCCUGGG